CACACCCACACGCAGAAACACCCUCCAAACCGUGUCGUGGAAGCAGCUCACAACACAGUCCUAAUUAUCGGUAAGUUUGCACCAAAUGACUUUAUUUCAAAGGCUAGAAAUACAUUUCAAUAGUUUUUUGGUAGCUGGAGGUAUAGCAACUGCCCUGGGCUGAGAGUAAAGAUGAUAUACGUGUGUAUACAUUAUCUCUGUAUUACACAGUGCCGUAUACACUGCCUCCCUGUGUGUAUUCUCUAUAUAUUACACAGUGCCGUAUACACUGCCUCCCUGUGUGUAUUCUCUAUAUAUUACACGGUGCUGUAUACACUGCCUCCCUGUGUGUAUUCUCUGUAAAUUACACUCUGUAUAUACACUGCCUCCCUGUGUGUAUUCUCUAUAUAUUACACGGUGCUGUAUACACUGCCUCCCUGUGUGUAUUCUCUAUAUAUUACACGGUGCUGUAUACACUGCCUCCCUGUGUGUAUUCUCUAUAUAUUACACAGUGCUGUAUACACUACCUCCCUGUGUGUAUUCUCUAUAUAUUACACAGUGCUGUAUACACUGCCUCCUGUGUGUAUUUCUAUAUAUUACAUAGUGCUGUAUUCACUGCUCUCUGUGUGUAUUUCUAUAUAUUAUACUGUGCUGUAUAUACUGCCUUCCUGUGUGUAUUCUAUAUAUUACACGGUGCUGUAUAUAAGCACUGCUUCCCUGUGUGUAUAUUUCUAUAUAUGCGCUGUGCGUUGUAUACACUCCCUCCCUGUGUGUAUUCUCUAUAUAUUACCCUCUGUAUAUACACUGCCUCCCUGUGUGUAUUCUCUAUAUAUUACACAGUGCUGUAUACACUGCCUCACUGUGUGUAUUCUCUAUAUAUUACACAGUGCUGUAUACACUGCCUCCCUGUGUGUAUUCUCUAUAUAUUACACAGUGCUGUAUACACUGCCUCCCUGUGUGUAUUCUCUAUAUAUUACACAGUGCUGUAUACACCGCCUCCCUGUGUGUAUUCUCUAUAUAUUACACAGUGCUGUAUACACUGACUCCCUGUGUGUAUUCUCUAUAUAUUACACUCUGUAUAUACACUGCCUCCCUGUGUGUAUUCUCUAUAUAUUACACAGUGCUGUAUACACUGCCUCACUGUGUGUAUUCUCUAUAUAUUACACAGUGCUGUAUACACUGCCUCCCUGUGUGUAUUCUCUAUAUAUUACACGGUGCUGUAUACACUGACUCCCUGUGUGUAUUCUCUAUCUAUUACACUCUGUAUAUACACUGCCUCCCUGUGUGUAUUCUCUAUAUAUUACACGGUGCUGUAUACACUGCCUCCCUGUGUGUAUUCUCUAUAUAUUACACGGUGCUGUAUACACUGACUCCCUGUGUUUAUUCUCUAUCUAUUACACUCUGUAUAUACACUGCCUCCCUGUGUGUAUUCUCUAUAUAUUACACAGUGCUGUAUACACUGACUCCCUGUGUGUAUUCUCUAUCUAUUACACUCUGUAUAUACACUGCCUCACUGUGUGUAUUCUCUAUAUAUUACACAGUGCUGUAUACACUGCCUCCCUGUGUGUAUUCUCUAUAUAUUACACAGUGCUGUAUACACCGCCUCCCUGUGUGUAUUCUCUAUAUAUUACACAGUGCUGUAUACACCGCCUCCCUGUGUGUAUUCUCUAUAUAUUACACAGUGCUGUAUACACUGCCUCACUGUGUGUAUUCUCUAUAUAUUACACUCUGUAUAUACACUGCCUCCCUGUGUGUAUUCUCUAUAUAUUACACAGUGCUGUAUACACUGCCUCCCUGUGUGUAUUCUCUGUAUAUUACACAGUGCUGUAUACACUGCCUCCCUGUGUGUAUUCUCUAUAUAUUACACGGUGCUGUAUACACCGCCUCCCUGUGUGUAUUCUCUAUAUAUUACACUCUGUAUAUACACUGCCUCCCUGUGUGUAUUCUCUAUAUAUUACACAGUGCUGUAUACACUGCCUCCCUGUGUGUAUUCUCUAUAUAUUACACAGUGCUGUAUACACUGCCUCCCUGUGUGUAUUCUCUAUAUAUUACACGGUGCUGUAUACACUGACUCCCUGUGUGUAUUCUCUAUCUAUUACACUCUGUAUAUACACUGCCUCCCUGUGUGUAUUCUCUAUAUAUUACACGGUGCUGUAUACACUGCCUCCCUGUGUGUAUUCUCUAUAUAUUACACGGUGCUGUAUACACUGACUCCCUGUGUUUAUUCUCUAUCUAUUACACUCUGUAUAUACACUGCCUCCCUGUGUGUAUUCUCUAUAUAUUACACAGUGCUGUAUACACUGACUCCCUGUGUGUAUUCUCUAUCUAUUACACUCUGUAUAUACACUGCCUCACUGUGUGUAUUCUCUAUAUAUUACACAGUGCUGUAUACACUGCCUCCCUGUGUGUAUUCUCUAUAUAUUACACAGUGCUGUAUACACCGCCUCCCUGUGUGUAUUCUCUAUAUAUUACACAGUGCUGUAUACACCGCCUCCCUGUGUGUAUUCUCUAUAUAUUACACAGUGCUGUAUACACUGCCUCCUGUGUGUAUUCUCUAUAUAUUACACUCUGUAUAUACACUGCCUCCCUGUGUGUAUUCUCUAUAUAUUACACAGUGCUGUAUACACUGCCUCACUGUGUGUAUUCUCUAUAUAUUACACAGUGCUGUAUACACUGCCUCCCUGUGUGUAUUCUCUAUAUAUUACACAGUGCUGUAUACACUGACUCCCUGUGUGUAUUCUCUAUAUAUUACACUCUGUAUAUACACUGCCUCCCUGUGUGUAUUCUCUAUAUAUUACACAGUGCUGUAUACACUGCCUCACUGUGUGUAUUCUCUAUAUAUUACACUCUGUAUAUACACUGCCUCCCUGUGUGUAUUCUCUAUAUAUUACACAGUGCUGUAUACACUGCCUCCCUGUGUGUAUUCUCUAUAUAUUACACAGUGCUGUAUACACUGCCUCCCUGUGUGUAUUCUCUAUAUAUUACACGGUGCUGUAUAUACCGCCUCCCUGUGUGUAUUCUCUAUAUAUUACACUCUGUAUAUACACUGCCUCCCUGUGUGUAUUCUCUGUAUGUUACACAGUGCUGUAUACACUGCCUCCCUGUGUGUAUUCUCUAUAUAUUACACGGUGCUGUAUACACCGCCUCCCUGUGUGUAUUCUCUAUAUAUUACACUCUGUAUAUACACUGCCUCCCUGUGUGUAUUCUCUAUAUAUUACACAGUGCUGUAUACACUGCCUCCCUGUGUGUAUUCUCUAUAUAUUACACAGUGCUGUAUACACCGCCUCCCUGUGUGUAUUCUCUAUAUAUUACACAGUGCUGUAUACACUGCCUCCCUGUGUGUAUUCUCUAUAUAUUACACUCUGUAUAUACACUGCCUCCCUGUGUGUAUUCUCUGUAUGUUACACGGUGCUGUAUACACUGCCUCCCUGAUAUUUUGAUGUUUAUAUCAGAUUGUUAUGAAAUUAAUAGUAUUUCUUAAAAACAACCGCAAACUAUUGUAUCUGAUGAAGAAAAGGUGUUGUUAACUAUUUAUCAGAACUAAACAAUAGUUUACGGCUUAGAUGUGAUGUAACUGCGACAUUAACCACACAAUACAUCCUGUUAAAAUAUAUUCUGUGCCUUGACUUUUGCAGAAGAUAAAAGGUUUCAUUUCUGUAUAAACGAAACCUUUUAUCUUCUGAAAACGUCAAGACACAGAAUAUAUUUUAACAGGAUGUAUUGUGGGGUUGAUGUUGCAGUUAUAUCACAUCCAAGCCGUAUACAAUAUUUUUAUUCUGCUUAGAAUAUUGAAUAGGGCAAAUACAUAUAUAUAUAUAUAUAUAUAUAUAUACGUACAAAUAAAUAUAUCAAUUAAUUACGUUGCAGCCAUCACACUCCAUCAUGUAUAUUCUCUAUAUUACACAGUGCAGUAUACGCUGCCGCUAUCUGUGUGUUUACAUUCUCUCUUUAUCACACAGUGCUGUAUACACUGAUGUCAGGAUUAGCACGGUUAGUGGAAGGGUUUCCAAUAUAUUAAUUUAACUCACAUUUGUUGAUGAGUGGUUCUUAAUGAGUUAAUGUGUUAAGACACUCAUCGCCAGGUAGAUGAAGCCGCCGUUUAGUGAAUAAUCCCCUUCUCCAGAAAUGCAGUUUAUAUCCAGCCGACCGCCAAACUCCCGAACGAAGUUCGCGAACACGGCAAUUCCCGAUCAGCAAAACAGUCGAACACCUUCCACAGCUAAAAAUAACGAAAGCGCUGUCCCAGUAGUAAUUCCCCCACAAACGAGACCAAGCUCUGUCUUGAGGGUCAAAUCAGAAUCUGUUUAAUGGGGGCUACCUGCCCGGUAUUUAUGCAGGUCUCCACAAGGUGGACACUCCCCGAAGGGACCUUGUGGAAGACUGUAAAAUAUAUUGUACAGUAGCCAAUCGCAGUGGCUUCAAUAUAAGCCCUUCCCAUCUUACCCAUAAAUCCGUCUUCUCUACCCCGGAGAUAAUUAGGAAGAAACCUAAUUAUCUCCCAGGGUAGAGACAAUCGCCAUUUUAAAAUACAGUAACAAAAAUACAUUAAAUACAUAACUGGGAAAAUACCGAAUGGAUAUAGUUCGUAUAACGUAUCCCCAGACAGCCUGGAUCUGAGUGCAUAAUUUCACCGAAUAGCGCUCAGAUCCGAUGUAUCUAGUCGAAUCGCCAUGGAUUCAAAGUCUUUCACCAGUCCUUCGGUAUACGAAUGACUCCAUGGGACGGCCAUCUGGGUAAAAGUCCAUACGAAUGCAUAAAACUCCCGAACAGACCGGCGUUCGCAUGCCUCGUCGAAAUAGAAGGUGGGCAUCAGCUUCCAGCGGUGUUCGGUAGAUUAAAGUGUCCAUUUUUAGUUCCAUACAAUUUGUACCGAACACCGCUAUGCUUUCUCGUGUCCCAAAAUGGCCGCUGCCUCGUGGUCGACAUGCGAAUGACGACCACCCGUACGAAUGGAAUGGAGAGGUGUCUGCGGUUAACCACAACGUUCUAAUUGGGGCCAAGAGGCUAACCAGCAGCACACUCCUCUCCUGGGUGGUCGUUCGUUCGGUAGUUUCAAUCGGUAGUUUGUAAUUACACGAACAGGGGUAUACGAACAGGAAAUCCAGCGAAACAAAGGGAAACAGAUGAACCAGCCAUACAGAUGAAUCUGUCACACGGCUCCCCCCUUGUGGGACACUCCGGCAGACCCGGCUUGACCCUUUGGCGGGUCAACGUGGGGAUGACCGGACUAAGAGGUGGUGAGGAUGUCGGUUUGCCUGGACAAUCCAUCUGCAUUCCCGUUCUGCUUACCGGGUCGAUAGCUGAUGGUGAAGUUAUAUGGUUGUAGUGCUAAACUCCACCUCAGCAGUCUGCCAUUGUCUCCCGAGACCCGGUUAAGCCAGACAAGAGGAUUGUGGUCCGUCACAAGGGAAAAUUCCUGUCCAUAUAAGUAAGGGCUUAACUUUUUCAAUGCCCACACCAGGGCCAAACACUCCUUCUCCACUGCCGCAUAACUCACUUCUCUGGGUAACAGCUUUCUGCUGAGAUAUUCGACAGGGUGCUCUCCUCCAUCCUCCCCGACCUGGCUCAGCACAGCCCCCAGUCCAUACAUGGAAGCAUCUGUAUGGAUGAGAAAACGUUUGUUAGGGACUGGGGCAGCCAGGACAGGGGCAUUCACAAGAGCCUGUUUGAGUGCUUGAAAGGCAGCUUCACAAGCUGGAGACCACAGGACCUGCUUAGGGAGGUUUUUCUUCGUCAGAUCAGUCAGGGGUUUAGCAAUAGUGCUGUAGUCGGGGACAAAGCGUCUAUAGUACCCUGCUGUCCCUAGGAAGGCUAACACCUGGGUCUUAGUGAUAGGUGUGGGCCAGUUAGCUACUGCCUCUAUCUUGGCUGGCUCUGGUCUCUGGCUCCCACACCCUACUCUGUGACCCAGGUACUGCACUUCAGCCAUACCUAAAUGGCACUUCUCUGGCUUCAAUGUCAGGCCAGCGGCCCGAAUUUUGUCCAGUACUACCCCUACAUGUACCAGGUGUUCCUCCCAGGACUCACUGUAGAUCGCAAUGUCAUCCAGGUAUGCACAAGCAAAUUCCUGGAAUCCAUCAAGAAGUCUAUCCACCAUACGCUGGAAGGUAGCCGGUGCAUUCUUCAUCCCAAAUGGCAUGACCUUGAAUUGGUACAGGCCAAAUGGGGUGACGAAGGCCGACUUGGGAUAGCAGUAGCCUUUGCACAGGUCUAUGAUAGCGUCCCCUGGCAAUGCGAUCUAACAAUUCGUCUACCCGAGGCAUCGGGUAGGCAUCAGUGGUGGUCCGCUCAUUGAGGCGCCUGUAGUCCACACAGAACCGGGUGGUCCCAUCCUUCUUGGGCACCAGGACUACAGGCGAAGCCCAAGGGCUAUCGGAGUGUUCGAUGACCCCAAGCUGGGUCAUCUCCUGUAUCUCCUUCCGCAUUCCUUCCCGGACUGCUUCAGGGAUACGGUAAGGGGGUUGUCGCAGAGGGUUCUGUCCAGGGGUUUCUACCUUGUGUACAGCUAGGGUAGUGUAGCCAGGUUCUUGGGAGAACGUCGCCUGCUUCUCCCACAGAAGCUGUCUUGCCUGGCCCUUCUCGGUGGAGCUCAAUCUGUCCCCUAGCUGUACCAGGCUAGUAAGAUCCGUCUGGGGGUCCCUCUCUAACAAAUCUGGUAGGGGUAAACUUUCUGUAUCAUCUGCAGCAGGGGCACAUACUGCAGCGACAUUCUCCGGUCUCUCCUGAUACUCCUUUAGCAUGUUCACAUGGAAGGAUCGCUGGAUCCUUUCAUCCGAACAGCUGGCUAUAAGGUAGGUAGUAUCACAUACCUGUGCUAACACCUUAUACGGGCCCUGCCAAGAUGCCUGCAUCUUGUUUGCCUUCACAGGUUUGAGUACUAACACUUUCUGCCCAACCUGGAAGACUCGCUGUCGGGCACCCCGAUCGUACCAUCUCUUCUGUCUCCCCUGAGCCACCUGGAGAUUCUCCCUUACCAUUAGAGACAGUUUCUCCAUGCGGUCCCGGAGUUCCAGAACAUACGGUACUAUGGGGGUCCCUUCCUGCUCUGUCUCCCCCUGCCAGUGGCCUCUAAUGAGAUCUCGGGGUCCGCGGACCCUUCUCCCAUAUAGCAACUCAAAGGGGGAGAACCCAGUAGAUUCCUGGGGCACCUCUCUGUAUGAAAACAACAGAUGAGGCAGGAAUCACUCCCAGUCUCUGCAAGUGUCAGAAAAGGUCCUCAGCAUCUGUUUGAGGGUACCGUUAAAUCGCUCGCAGAGACCGUUAGUCUGUGGAUGGUAAGGUGAGCUAAGCAGCGGUUUAAUGCCGCACACCUUCCACAGUUGCUGGGUGAGCACAGCAGUAAAUUGGGUUCCCUGGUCAGAGAGAAUCUCUUUAGGGAACCCGGCUCUGGUAAAAAUCCUAACCAGGGCAUCAGCAACUGUCUCUGCCUCUAUAUUAGACAGCGCUACUGCCUCUGGAUAGCGAGUGGCAUAAUCCACCAUGGUGAGAAUAUAUUUCUUACCGGAUGGACUAGCCCUGGCCAGUGGACCUACAAUGUCAACGGCUAUGCGGGCAAAGGGCUCCCCAAUGAUAGGCAUAGACAUAAGCCUAGCUCUUGGGUGGUCCCCCCGCUUUCCUACGCGUUGACAUGUGUCACACGUACUACAAUAUGUCCGAACAGCCUGAUUAAAGUUUGGCCAAAAGAAGUUCUGCAUGAUCCUAUAGGCUGUACGGCGGGAACCUAGAUGUCCAGCUAGUGGAACAUCAUGCCCUAUCCGCAGAAUCUCCUGCCGGUAUUUUGCGGGUACCACCAGCUGUCGAUUCGGCGGAGGGCAACACUUUUCGGGGAAAGCUUGGGGAUCCUAUACAACCUGUCCCCCACCCACUCAUACCGUUCCCCAUCUACUCCUUCCUCUCCAGUAUCCGCUCUGUCCCUAUACUUCUGGAGCGUCAAAUCUGUCUGGGUUUCCCUCCCAAACUCCUCUGUGGAAUCCCAGCUAACAAAGGUCUGUUCCUAGGUACCAGUCGGGGAAUCGGGUCUUACCUGGGUCUCAGCAGCAGGUGGGCUGGUUCCAGCAGCACGGGUCUGGGCACGGGUAGUCACUGGGUUGAUAUCAGCAGGUCCCAUUGGAGCAUAAGCGGACACCAAAGGGGCCAAGUCAUUCCCAAGCAAAACAUCAGCAGGUAAGUCUUUCAUGACCCCCACAUUCACGUGUCCAGAGCCCACCCCCCAAUCCAAAUGAACCCGGGCAACCGGUAAACGGAACACUGCACCUCCCGCUACCCUCACUGCCACAGUAUUCCCAGUGUGCUGGUGUUCCGAAACAAGGUUCUUUUGGAGCAAAGUCAUAGUGGCUCCGGUGUCUCUCAGACCAGUUACUGCUUUGCCAUUUAGUUUAACGGUCUGCCUGUGUUGUUGACGGUUAUCCUGCUGCACUGCUUGUACUGGAUCCGCCUCGUGUAGUAUACCCCAAAAUUCCUCCUGCUCAAGACAGUGAGCGGAAGGUUGGGGUGGCUGCUGAUUUCCGCCGGCUGGUCUUCUCCACAACUGGGCUUGGCUGGAAUUAUUCAAUGGACACUACGGUCUCUUGUGCCCCAACUGCUUACACCCAUAGCAUCGGAUAGGCUGUGAGUAAUCCCGUGCGUUGAACCGGGCUGGCUGAAUAUAAUUGUUCGCUGUUGGCAUUGUGGGGGUGCGUUGCGUUGGGUGUUGAUACACUGCAGUGGUUGGAGGGGCUGCUGGUUUGUACUCCACUCGGGUAGGGACCUUGGCUGCCGUCUGGUCCAGUUUCCUGGCAUCAGUGUACUCAUCAGCCAGACGAGCAGCUUCGGGUAAGGUAGCGGGUUUGCGGUCCCUGACCCACUCCCUGACUCCGGCAGGUAGGCGAUCAAAACAGUGCUCCAACAAAAAUACUUGCAGCACUUCUUCCCCAGUUACUGCUUGGCACCCUGCCAUCCAGUGGGCUGCGGUGCGGUGUACUCGGCAUGCCCACUCCACAUAAGAAUCGCCAGCUUGUUUAUUAGUGUCCCGGAAUCGCCGCCGGUACGCCUCAGGGGUUACAGCGUACCUGGCCAAAAGGGCAUCUUUCACUGCCCUGUAGCUGGUGAUUUCCUCCUCUGGGAUGGCCUGAAACGCCUCACUGGCCCGGCCGGAUAACUUCCCAGAGAGGAUGGUGACCCAUUCCUCUGCGGGUACCUGGUGUAAGGCACAUUGCCUUUCAAAAUCAGCCAGGAACCCAUCAAUCUCUCCUUCGGCUUCUACAAAAUUUCUAAAUGCAGCAAAGGGUACUUUCCUCCUUCCAUUAUUAUUAUAGGGUACCUCAGCUGCUGCAGCUCCUCUUCCCUGAAGCGCCUGUUGUGCUGCUACUGCUGCCUGCACUUGAACCACAAUAUCUGCUGCGGGGUUGGGGCCAAAAUGUGCCAGCCUGAUCUGGACUGCCCGGUUAAAUUGUAUCUCCUCGGGUGUUAACUCCAGUAUGCCAGGCACAUCAGCUCUUCCCGUUCCCUGUGUUGCAUCCAUUUCCAAUAAUAUGGCAAUAAUCUCCCUUUUCUUGAGAUUACUCGCUGAUCGUCCUCUGCGUUCUAAUAUAUCUUUAAGGGUAGCACGCCUUAACUCUUCAUACUGCAUUUCCAACCUGGGAUGUGUAGCUGGCCUUCUGGGCGGUAGGAUUCAUCCCGUCGCUUGCCACCAAUUGUUAAGACACUCACCGCCAGGUAGAUGAAGCCGCCGUUUAGUGAAUAAUCCCCUUCUCCAGAAAUGCAGUUUAUAUCCAGCCGACCGCCAAACUCCCGAACGAAGUUCACGAACACAGCAAUUCCCGAUCAGCAAAACAGUCGAACACCUUCCAAAGCUAAAAAUAACGAAAGCGCUGUCCCAGUAGUAAUUCCCCCACAAACGAGACCAAGCUCCGUCUUGAGGGUCAAAUCAGAAUCUGUUUAAUGGGGGCUACCUGCCCGGUAUUUAUGCAGGUCUCCACAAGGUGGACACUCCCCGAGGGGACCUUGUGGAAAACUGUAAAAUAUAUUGUACAGUAGCCAAUCGCAGUGGCUUCAAUAUAAGCCCUUCUCAUCUUACCCAUAAAUCCGUCUUCUCUACCCCGGAGAUAAUUAGGAAGAAACCUAAUUAUCUCCCAGGGUAGAGACAAUCGCCAUUUUAAAAUACAGUAACAAAAAUACAUUAAAAUACAUAACUGGGAAAAUACCGAAUGGAUAUAGUUUGUAUAACGUAUCCCCAGACAGCCUGGAUCUGAGUGCAUAUUUUCACUGAAUAGUGCUCAGAUCCGAUGUAUCUAGUCGAAUCGCCAUGGAGUCAAAGUCUUUCACCAGUCCUUCGGUAUACGAAUGACUCCAUGGGACGGCCAUCUGGGUAAAAGUCCAUACGAAUGCAUAAAACUCCCGAACAGACCGGCGUUCGCAUGCCUCAUAGAAAUAGAAGGUGGGCAUCAGCUUCCAGCGGUAUUCGGUAGAUUAAAGUGCCCGUUUUUAGUUCCAUACAAUUUGUACCGAACACCGCUUCGCUUUCUCGUGUUCCAAAAUGGCCGCUGCCUCGUGGUCGACAUGCGAACGACGACCACCCGUACGAAUGGAAUGGAGAGGUGUCUGCGGUUAACCACAACGUUCUAAUUGGGGCCAAGAGGUUAACCAGCAGCACACUCCUCUCCUGGGUGGUCGUUCGUUUGGUAGUUUCAAUCGGUAGUUUGUAAUUACACGAACAGGGGUAUACGAACAGGAAAUCCAGCGAAACAAAGGGAAACAGACGAACCAGCCAUACAGAUGAAGCUGUCACAAUGUGUUACUGUCUCUCUCUCUUUUUACUAUAGUGAGAUGCUGGUAGAGUGACACUAGAGACAGAGAGACGGAUACAGACACUGAGAGAGACACGGAUACAGACGUAGAGCUUUACAGACACAGGGAGACAGAGACAUGGAUACAGACAAAGAGGGUUACAGACACUGAGAGACAGAGAGACGGAUACAGCCAGAGAGCAUUACAGACGCUGAGAGACAGAGAGACAGAUACAGACACUGAGAGAGACACGAUGCAGGCAUAGAGUUUUACAGACACUGAGAGACAGAGACACGGAUACAGCCAGAGAGCAUUACAGACACUGAGAGACAGAGAUACGGAUACAGACACUGAGAGAGACACGGAUACAGGCACAGAGCAUAACAGACACUGAGAGAGAGAGAGACGGAUACAGCCAGAGAGCGUUACAGACACUGAGAGACAGAGACACGGAUACAGCCAGAGAGCAUUACAGACACUGAGAGACAGAGAGACGGAUACAGCCAGAGAGCAUUACAGACACUGAGAGACAGAGAGACGGAUACAGACACUGAGAGAGACACGGAUACAGGCAUAGAGCGUUACAGACACUGAGAGACGGAGAGACGGAUACAGCCAGAGAACGUUACAGACACAGAGAGACAGAGAUACGGAUACAGCCAGAGAGCAUUACAGACACAGAGAGACAGAUACAGCCCGAGAGAGUUACAGACACUGAGAGACAGAGACGAAUACAGCCAGAUAGCGUGUGACGAGACCAAUCUCGCCACAUUGCAUUGGAGAAGCCUGGUUGCUCGCCUGCUGCCUUUGGACUAUGGCCCCCAUGUUAAAAGACUUUGUUUCGCCUGCAGAAAAGCUGUAUUCGUGAUUUUCUGCCGGUUGUUCGGUAGAUUCAAUCUACCGAACAACCGCACGAAUGAAUAGACCACCUGGGAGCUGGAGUGUGCCGGCAAUUAACCUCCCUGAAGCUGCGGUUAACCGCAGCUUAAUUGACGAAUGCUGGGUGGCCGCCAUUCGUAUCCCGAACACGAGGUCGUGGCCAUUUUAAACAUACGAAUGCACAGCGGUGUUCGACACUUAAUUCAUGGAACUAAAAUCGGACACAGUUUUGCGCGAACACCGCUGAAGCCGCCGACCUCCCUUCUUGUUCGGUGGAAGUGCACGAACGGCCCGGUGUUCGGUAGUUUUGUUGAAUGUGUUAUACCCCAGAUAGGAAUCCCAUGGAGCCCAUUCGUAUGAAACUGACUGUAAAGACUUUGGCUCCAUGGCGAUUAAACUGUAUUCGUGUGGUCUGAGCGCCGUUCACUUAAUAAUGUGCGCUCAGACCUGAGCUAUCUGGGGAUAUGUUAAAUGUAUAGUUUUAAUGUAAUGUGUCUUACAUGGUGUAUUUUAACAGUAAUGCUUGUUUUAGUAUCCCCACGUGCAUAAUGGCGAUUUGCCUUUGUCCUGGGAGAUAAUUGAAUUACUUCUCAAUUAUCUCCCAAGGCAGAGGGGAGGAAGCCAGGAUGCAUUGUGGGAAUAUAUUGUGACUGUGUGUCCUAUUUGUCUACUUGUCUGUCCUUUGUCACAGUCUCCCAUUUGGUCCCCUAGGGGAGUGUCCACCAGGUGGGAGACCUGCAUAAAUACUGGGCAGGUAGCCCUCAUUAAAACAGACCACUGCUUGACCCUCAACACGGAGCCUUGUCUCGUCUUUGGGGGGAUUUACUGAAUGCUGAUAGAGACUGAUUGCUAGGAGUGUAAGCCGCUUGGAUGCUUUUCCUAUUCGUCUGGUAGCAGCAAUUCGUAUGGUUCCUGUUCAUCUGGUUGGAGUGCUAUAUUGGAUGCCGUUCGGGAGUUUGGAGCAUUCACUUAUUGGCGGUUUGUGUAUUUGGUGUUCUGCAGUAGCUGUGCCUGCAUCUCUGGAAAGGGGGCCGAUCGCCUAAACAUUUUUUACCCCUUUUGUGCAAAACGGUCCGUUACAUAGCGUUACAGACACAGAGAGACAGAUACAGCCAGAGAGCGUUACAGACACUGAGAGACAGAGACACGGAUACAGCCAGAGAGCGUUACAGACACAGAGAGACAGAGACGGAUACAGCCAGAUAGCGUUACAGACACAGAGAGACAGAGACGGAUAAAGCCAGAUAGCGUUACAGACACAGAGAGACAGAUACAGCCAGAGAGCGUUACAGACACUGAGAGACAGAGAGAGAGAAGCAAGUUAAGAGGGAAAAAGGCAGAAGCAAAGACACAGAAGGGAAUCAGAAACACAGACAGAGUGAGUGAUACAGAGAGAGAUACGAACAGGGAGAGAGAUAAUAAGAUUAAACCCAGAGAGAUUUUGCAUCUUCUGACUAAUUAGACAAUGUGAGAAUGUUUGUGGAUUUUUUUUAUUUUCAAUUUUUUUUCCACUUAAUUAAUUAAUUGCUGGAUUAAGAUGUAGUGUAUGCUUUCUAUACAUUAUUUAUUGUAACAUAAAUUCCGUGAUUAUGUUCCCAGUCCUACAUUCUAGAAGUAACUUUCUGUUUGUUUUCAGUUUUUUAUUCAGAACAUCCUAUUAAUCGCUCACUUCUCCUAGUUUUAGGGGAAACGCUGUGAAUCAGCAGAAUAAAACUACAGGAUACACUGCAGAUUCAUGGUCCACUGAUCGCAAUAACUACUAACCAAGUAAGUAAACUGAUAUAACUAUUAACCAGGUAACAAACUACUAGCACUAACUCUUACCCAGGUAAAGAAACGGAUCACGGGUAACCUGACUGGCUACCUUUGCUAAUACCUUCCUUUAGCCGCUAGGAACUCUUACAACAAGCAGGUAUCUAUUUCCCCCCAAUCACUGGACGACACACAGCUCUGGGAGUACAACACAAACUGAACUCUGUUUAUUUUGUCACACAACUGAUGCACAGACCCCUACGCGGGGACUCCAACACAAAACAAGAGGGGUUUCAAUCCCAAGAUGCUUAUGGGGGUAUGGAAGAGGGGCAAAGCAGCCAGUUUAAACGCCAUGCUGUGACAGGAAAAGGAAGGUGGAGGGGGAGAGGCACAGACAAGCAAUAUAUUUCAAUUAACUACAUUCUACAGAGCCUCUUCCCUCCCUCCCCCCACUUUGUUGACCCACAGCUGCAUUUACAAACACCUGUAAAACAGUCCCAAAGAUGGCGCCCCAAGCUUGUUUCUAACAUUACUGGAUCAUUUUGAGAGCUUAUUAAAUCAAACCGAUAUUAAAUCAGGAAUGUGUAAGACACAAUCCCAUCUCCUCCUAAUAAUCGUUAUGUACUUACUGAAUAAUCUGAUGAUCGACAUUCCAUUUUUCUCUUUCUUGGUGUUAUUAUACAGGUAAUUAUUUAAUAUUGGGGACAAUGCACAGUGUUUAUGGAAUGCACUGCUAUAUCAGAGUCCUAUAAAUAAAAUAUGCCAUUGGUUUCCAUGGUAACUGCUCCACAGUUAGCAAUGUGCCCUAUAUGAUUCAUUCUUCCAAAUCCCAGAUCUGAACUAGGCAUUAGUGAUGUCGCGAACGUGAAUUUUUCGGUUCGCGAACGCGAACUUCCGCAAAUGUUCGCGAACCUGACGAACCCGGCGAACCACCAUAGACUUCAAUGGGCAGGCGAAUUUUAAAACCCACAGGGACUCUUACUGGUUGAAGGGGGGGCGGCGGCGGGUGGAGGCCAUAAAGAUAAUGAGGGGGGACCUACUGUCCCCCCCCUGGCCCCCACCCCUGAGCGGUGGGUGGGGGCCGUAAUAACAAUAAGGGGGGGACCUAUUGUCCCCCCCCGGCCCCCACCCCUGAGCGGUGGGUGGGGGCCCUAAUAACAAUAAGGGGGAACCUAUUGUCCCCCCCAUGGCCCUAAUAACAAUAAGGGGGGGACCUAUUGUCCCUCCCCCGGCCCCCACCCCUGAGCGGUGGGUGGGGGCCCUAAUAACAAUAAGGGGGGGGACCUAUUGUCCCCCCCGGCCCCCACCCCUGAAUGGUGGGUGGGGGCCCUAAAAUGAAAAAUAAGGGGGAUCCUAUUGUCCCCCCCAGCCCCCACCCGAGCGGUGGGUGGGGGCCCUAAAAUGAAAAAUAAGGGGGAUCCUAUUGUCCCCCCCGGCCCCCACCCCGAGCGGUGGGUGGGGGCCCUAAAAUGAAAAAUAAGGGGGGACCUAUUGUCCCCCCCGCCCCCACCCCUGCGCGGCGGGUGGGGGCCAUAUUGAUAAUGAGGGGGGCACCUACUGACCCCUCCGACCCCCACCCCUGUCCGGCAGGUGGGGGCCAUAUUGAUAAUGGGGGGGGACCUACUGCACCCCCCUGGCCCCCACCCCUGCGCUGUGGGUGGGGGCCAUAAAGACUAAUGAGGGGGGGACCUACUGUCCCCACCCCCAGCCCCCUCCCUGAGUGGUGUGUGGGGGCCCUAAUAACAAUAAGGGGGGGACCUAUUGUCCCCCCCCCGCGGCCUUAAUAACAAUAAGGGGGGACCUAUUGUCCCCCCCCGGCUCCCACCCCUGAGCGGUGGGUGGGGGCCCUAAUAACAAUAAGGGGGGGGACCUAUUGUCCCCCCCCAUGGCCCUGAGCAGUGGGUGGGGGCCCUAAUAACAAUAAGGGGGGACCUAUUGUCCCCCCCGCCCCCACCCCUGCGCGGCGGGUGGGGGCCAUAUUGAUAAUGAGGGGGGGACCUACUGACCCCCCCGACUCCCACCCCUGCCCGGCAGGUGGGGGCCAUAUUGAUAAUGAGGGGGGGGGACCUACUGCCCCCCCCGGCCUCCACUCCUGCGCGGCGGGUGGGGGCCUUAUUGAUAAUGAGGGGGGGAGCUACUGUCAUCCCCCCUGGCCCCCACCCCUGGGCGGCGGGUGGGGGCCCUAAGUAAAUUCCCCCCCCAGGUGACUAGGGGUCCCCAAGCCCCUAGUCACCCACCCAAAUAAAAAGUCUCUACCUACCCCCCCUCACCCUAAAAAAUAGGGACUUUUUAUUUGGGGGGGUGACUAGGGGCUUGGGGACCCCUAGUCACCUUGGGGGGUGGGGGGGGAAUUUACUUAGGGCCCCCACCCGCAGCCCAGGGGUGGGGGCCAGGGGGGAGGACAGUAGGCCCCCCCCUCAUUAUCUUUGUGGCCCCCACCCGUCUCCAAGGGGUGGGGGCUGGGGGGGGAUGACAAUAGGUCCCCCCCUCAUUAUCUUUAUGGCCCCACCCGCCGCCCAGGGGUGGGGGCCGGGGGGGGGGCAGUAGGUCCCACCCCUCAUUAUCAAUUUGGCCCCCACCCGCCGCGCAGGGGUGGGGGCCGGGGGGGCAGUAGGUCCCCCCUCAUUAUCAAUAUGGCCACCACCCGCUGCGCAGGGGUGGGGGCCAGGGGGGGCAGUAGGUCCCCCCCUCAUUAUCAAUAUGGCCCCCACCCGCCGCGCAGGGGUGGGGGCCGGGGGGGGCAUUAGGUCUCCCCCUUAUUGUUCAUUUUAGGGCCCCCACCCACCGCUCAGGGGUGGGGGCCGGGGGGGGGGACAAUAGGUCCCCCCCUUAUUGGUAUUUUUAGGGCCCCCACCCACCGCUCAGGGGUGGGGGCCGGGGGAAGGACAAUAGGUCCCCCCCCUAUUAGUAUUUAGGACCCCCACCGGGGGGGAACCUUUUUUUCUUAACUCGCGGUAUUGCGAGUAGGGGCACAAUUUACUAAUACUAAGUAAUUUUUACUUAGUAUUAGUAAAUUAAUCGGGGGCGGACCGAACGUCGCAUAUGCUCGCCAUCGGUGGCGAACGCGAACACGCUAUGUUCGCCAGGAACUAUUCGCCAGCGAACCGUUCGGGACAUCACUACUAGGCAUUAAUUUGAUUAUUUUUUUGGUUUAGAGACCACGAGAGGAUUAUUGCUGUACUGGACGACAUGAAUCAGCCUGAUGAUGGAAGAGAGAGGAUUCUGGACAAGAGAAGAAGACAAGUCGGCAUUUCUGAAGGUGCAUUCCUACUUCCAUUAGUCCCUAAUUGGUUUUAGUGGGUGGGCACUUUAAUUCUAUUCAGGUAUAUCAGAUACCUGAGACCAUAGGUUACUGACCAGGAAAAAGGCAACAGCCCAAACGUUGGGGAAUUAUGGUCUCUGGCCCUGGGUCGCAUAUCUAAUGGGUAAUCAGUGUGCACGCUAUUGGUCUUUGUAGAUGGUGUAUACCUUUGUCUGUUAUGCACUUUAUAUUGUUUAUUAAGUAACUGGUAUAUUAAAUAUAUCAAAUAAUAUCUUCUCUUUUGGCAUAAAUCGGUGUGCUAUCGGUUUCUUAUAUCUUUUAUUUACUAGACACUGACUAUGUUAUUUACUAAACUGAGAAUUCACAGUGAAUCAAAGUGAUUUUCAAAUUCAAGGCCGAACCGAAGCACAGGACCUUGAAGAAUUUUAGCAUUUCAGCCAUUCUGACCUUAAAUUUGUAAUUCGCUUUGAAUCGACUUUGAAUUCUGACUUUAGUAAAUAAUGUCCAGAUGGACAUAACUCGGUGAAAAUCACCAGAUUCCAAAUGGUUUCUGUAGCGGAUCGGCAGUAUUAAAACCACGAAUUCCUCUGGUUCAGAACGUAAUCCACAGUCAAGCGCUGAAAAGCAAGGCAAUAUCCCAAAUCUCCCAGUAACCGGACGAAACACAGUUCUGAGAGUCAACUGAGGGCUUUAUUCACAGGCUCCACAAUUUAUACAAUUCCCCAUGCAAAGGGUUUCCUGAGUCCUACCCCAGGGGCAUUACAGGAGUGGACUACAUGGGAAACUUAAAUUACAGAGCAUUUCUCCCAUCAGGCACUGCUGCACGAGAGGGAUCCUCCCACUGGAAUGUACCGUUAAGUGGAUUAUCCCUCCAUGUAGCAGAACCGGCAAUUUACUUUAAAAUGUACAGUUUUUCGACUAUUUGGUCUAUUUGCACGAAUGGACAUUCGGUAGAUAGCUGGGGUCUGAGCGCAUCAUUCGUGAGAUUACCACUCAGAUCCCAGCUAAAAUAACCGAACACCGCACGAAAAACACAUUUAUUAAAACACACAUUCAAAAGACCGAUUGAAGUAUAGGGAAUAAUAUACCGAACGGCCUGGAAGCUCAGCGGUGUUCGUGCCGUCGAGUAGCCGUUUUUAAACACUGCUGAGGGAACAAAGGAUCCAAGAUGGCCGACCGUCGCCUGGUCGGUAGUCAAACGGCGGCCACCUAGGAGAGCCUCUAAUUACCGAUUGCAACAUUGUUGCAAUCGGUUAACAAGCGCUACACGUCUCUAAGUGUGUGGGCUACUACAUGGUGGUUAUUUCGGUUCACGAACGGCCCGCAAAGGUGCCGUUCGUGAAAUGAAAUGAAAUACAGCUAUCUGCAUUCGGCAGAUAGCCAAUAGAGGAAAUACAAGGUAUUACAGCCAGCAUACAUUAUACUUAGUCACACACAUACCCCACAACCAUACAGGCAACCCUUAAAGGUACAGUCUCUUUAUAUUGUCCAAGUGGCUAGGUUUGCCACAGUUUCAAAAGUCUCAUAUUUACUCUAUAUUAAAUGUCAUAGUUGAUAAAGUGUAGGAUCCAGAUAUCUACAAAGUACCGACUUUAAAGAAUUUCAGGGCCCAAUACACGCAGUACAAUAGCAAUACAGUAAUUGUAAUUCUCUUGUUUUUUGGCAAGUGGAUCAUAAAAAUGUGAACUAUUUGCCCACUGGCAAUGUACAUACCUUUCCAAAGCUUUAAUCGCAAUGGGCAGCAAGUGAUAGGCUGAGGGUCUCAGGUGACGCUCUCAGCUUAUCACUGACACCCAAGUGAAAAGCCUUGAUAGUCGUGCUGGGGGUGGAGGAGGUGGCAAAGCGUCCAAGCAGAUGACACCUUAAAGAUAAUUUGGAGAUUAAACCAUCUGAAAAUAAUUUGCCUUCACGAGGAAAGACAGUGCCCAAAACCUCUAGACCCCUCACUGAGAUUACGUUGGGUUUUUUUAUUUUAUUUUUUUAAUAUCUGUUAAUUUUUUUAUUUUAUUUUUACAGUUCUAGAGACAUCGCAUGGCCCAAACGGUGGAAAUCAGUCAAGUCUAUUACAAUCCAAACCCACCAAAUUGGUACGUCAAAAUCAAAGAGUGUUCAAAAAGACUUGUAAUAAAAACAACAUAAAUUAUUGGUUACACUUUUUAUGGAUACUUUAUGGUGAACAUUUGUUCACUCCUUAAAAAAGGAGAUGAGCAGGUGUGUGCAUUGAAUGUCUGAACUGAAACCAUGAGUGUCUCUACACAUAGUAUGCCAACUAAAAAUGAAUGGAGAACAAAAUAGUGAAAAAUACAAUUAAUAACUGUUAGAACUGUCCAUCGUUGCUGAAGGUCAAAUUAGUCCCAAUCCGAUAUCUGGUAUAUCAAAACGAGGUUUCCUUUUAAGAUAGAGAGACACAUUAUUAAUAAAUGAGAGAUGGUAAGUUAGGCUUGCGGGUGCAUUAUAACAAUUGUUUUACAUUUAUUGAAUUUGAUUAGUCCCUAAAUAAAUGAAACUGUAAUUUUUUGGGAUUCCCACGAAUGUUGCAUUUUGACAAAUGGUUAGAUUGUCAGAUUAGCUUUUUUUAAAUUAAAUUUUUCUGAUAUUUUAAUAUUUUUCAGUACGCACGCUGUGUAUAAGGAUAUAAUCUACUUGUAAAUAACGAAUCCUGACUGUCCAUUUUCUUUUUUAGAGAGACACCUCUUGGUCAUCAAUCCCUCCUUCAUCGAAGCACAUUAUCAGUAUCUUCUCAAGGUGUCCAGAGACUCAUUAUCAGUGGCUGAGGGACAAGUUGAAAGGACGAGAGUUUGGCAAUAUGGUGGAUGAUGUCCGUGCUGUCUAUAUUUCAAAUAAGUAUUCUGAGUUUUCUGGAGAGAUCACAAAGUGCACAUUUUCCAUUUUAUAUCAUUCGUGUAGAUGGGGACGCAUUAAUUUAACUGAUGUCACAGACUCCAUGUAUGACCAGGAGCUACAGGAUCUAUCUCAGCGUCAUGGUGAGUAACAAUAAAACCAUUUAUCCAUUUAAUGUCUCCUGUACAUAAUGUGAAUUGUUCAGUAAAGAGUGUGUUUGUGUGUGUGUGUGUGUGUGUGUGUGUGUGAAUGUGUCUGUUAAUCUCUUCCUGGGGAAAAAACAAUCUCAAUGAUUAAUCUCACAAAUUAAUUUCUAAAAAAAGAAAAUAAUUUAUUAGAAAUUAAAAAUAUAAAACCUUUUUGUGACGAGCCCAAUCUCCCCACAUUGCAUUGGAGAAGCCUGGUUGCUCGCCCGUUGCCUUUGGAUUAUGGCCCCAUGUUAAAAGGCUUGAUUUUUCCCUGCAAAGACAUGAAAGCCGGGUCAUUUGGUGCUUGCCCUGUUUGAGCGGUGAUACCCCAGAUAGCUAUGCCAUGGAGUCCAUUCGUAUAAUGAAAGACUAUGGGAAAGACUUUGGCUCCAUGGCAAUUGAACUGUAUGUGUGUGCUCUGAGCGCCAUUCAGUAAUAAUGUGCGCUCAGAUCUGAGCUAUCUGGGGAUAUGUUGAAUGUACCUGUUUUGUGCAAUGGCUGCACAGUUAUAUGUUUUUAUGUGUUUUAUUGUCUUUUGCUGCCAUGUGUUCAAUGGAGUUUUGCUUCUGUCUUUGGAGAUAAUUGGAUUACUUCACAAUUAUCUCCAGGAUAGAAGACUCUGUGGAACUGGUUUUGGGCAGAAAAUCCAUGCUUCCUGUGGUCACAAAGGACUACGAUCUAUCUUUUGAACCACUGGACCAAUUUGUAUGAUUUUGACGUAUGUUUGUAUUUGGAGUAUGCUGAUUCUGAAAAUGUAAGUUUUAUGUGAAUGUGAUGCAUACUUUUCAAGUUAUGAAUAAUGUGGAAAAAUUGUAUUUUUCUGCUUGUGCUAAAUUACAUUACCCAUUGUGUAAGGUAAUUGUAUCACAGGCAGAGGGGAGGAUUUUGUGUGGGAGUGUCUGAGUGUAUUGUAUGUGUUUAUUGGUUGUGUUCCAAAACCCUGUGGGUGGUGCUAAUGUGUAUAUAAGAACACUAAACCCACAGCUCUGACUGUUCACUGAUUGACCCUCAACACGGAGCUUUGUCUCUUUCUUUGGGGGAUUUAUUGUAUGCUGUUCCAGUUCGACUGCUAGGAGUGUAAACCUAUUCGUAUGGUUUUUCCUAUUUGGCUGUUUACGGCAUUCAUGUGGUUUCCUGUUCGGCGGAUUGGUGUUCUGCAGUAGCUGUGCCUGUGUCUCUGGGAGGGGAAUAUCAUCUAAAUAGCGGUUUAACCCUUUUAUGCCUGGGGGUGCCGUUACACUUUUAUUAUGUCUUGAUAAUUUUAGUGAAUGAAAACAGGUUUGCAGAAUAUUCUUUGUUAGCUUUUAGAAGUUUUGUCCAUCUAAAUCUUUGCAAAACUAAUCAGUCUGCCAAUUGUUCCAGAAAUAACUGCAAGUAUGAAUCUUGUCACAAUGAAUGACAAAAAAAAUCUAAUGGAUUUCAUAAUAUUGAAGCAUUUUACAUCUAUAACAGGCUAACAGACUGACAUUAUCACUUAUUGUGAUUAGGAUUGGAUAUCUUUUAGACCAUCAUACUUAUACUGUUGUAACUAGUUUGUUCAUUAAGUAGGGUUCUGGAGGUUACUUUCUUCACUCCAGACUCAACCACUACUAUUGUGCAUCAAGAUUUACAAAUUUGCACAUACUUCUUGUUUUGUUUUCCCUUAUCCCCCUUCUUUUCUCCCCCUAUUUAAACGCCCUCAGCACCUAAUGUUGGUUUUUUGGUCUGUCCGGUUCGGACACCCAUUAAUACCAUAUUAGAGUGUGAGAGGUAGUCUAUUUUAGGAAUGUCUUUUGCAUUAGACAAAUAAAGUAUCUUCUAGAUUUUUAUUCAAGGGACGGAUUCUCUUUCCUUUCUAUUAUUUUACAUCUAUAUUGACCUUGUUCCUCUGCAUUGUCCUACAGGCAGAGAUAAUGUCAUUGUGGUGAUCGAUGACAUGAAGACCACCAGCUCUGCAGAGAAGGACAAGAUCUUAAAGUACCAGCCCAGCAUUGAGAAAUUGGCCAAAGAUCUAUUUCUCUUCGAUCAGAAGAAGACCAAUUUAUCUGAGAUUAUGCAGAGUAUAAUGGAAACUGUAAAAAAGAGAAGUAUGUAUAGAUAUUUAUGGGACCAAUGCCUACCUUCUCUAAUUUUUGAUGCCCCCAAAUGCACAUGAGUGAGGGUCAUUAGGGAGAUUAAUUUGCAAGUCCCCAUAUGCCUAUGAUGUGUACAUUGCCCCACAAAUCAGAUUGGAGCUGCUUCCCUUCAUCUUGGAUUAAGAGAAAAUAAUGUUAAUGGGUAGUAAAUUUAAUUAAAUUACCAAAUUAUUAAACACAAAUUGCAUAAUAUGGUUUUAAGCCCUCACCCAGGGCAAAUUACUGAGGGUCAUAAAGGAGAUCAAAUGGCACAUGCUAUAUAUACACACACACUAAUUCCCACCUCCCCCAUUAUGAUCUCCGAUGCUCAAUAGGUGAAGAUACUACUCUAUUUGUAAAUGUAUUAAAACCACAUUGAAUUUUGUUCAUCAUGUAAUAUUCUUUUCGUUCAUUAUGUGAUCUUGCAAUUGUUCAUUAAGAUUUAAACAAAUGCAAAAAGAGAUGGAAAAAUGGCUACAUUUUAAUUUGGCCAGAUAUGAAUAUGCGAGUCUAACAUGAACGUAACAAAUGACAAUUAUAUGAAAUUGGUCAAAGACAGGUGGUUAUUCUCCAUACUGUGAUUGAAAUUACUUCUAGUAUAGCUCAGAGCUUGUUGUGUGGAGUAAGUAUUACGGCUCCAAAAGCCAGCAGCAUGUGUAUAAAAUCUGUGGUCUGUGGUGUUAAUUUUUAGGUAAAACCACGUUAUUUCUUUCUGCUGAGCUUUGUAGCUUAACACUAGCAGUAUUUGGUUCUUCCACUCACAUCCAUCCAUUUCAUCCACAGAAAGGACACGGCAAAAUAAAUCUAGUUACUAUGACAGCACAGAUCAGCUCGGUGAGAAGAAUGUGUCAGGACAAUUCCACAAAUCUCUGGAAGAAAAAAGAGAAUCGGAGGAACCGGAUUCCAAGAGAAGAUUAAUAGACGCGCAGAAUGAGAGGUUACUAGAAUAUGGAGAUAUUUAUAAAUCCAUUUUAGAUAGUCUCACAAUCCUCAGCAAAGAAGGCCAAGCAUUUAUUAAUAUAUUAUCAAAUGUAAAAAUAUACCUGGAAUCUGUUCUACUACCGCUACAAUUUAACGAUAAAGCAACAAAUAAGGAGGAGCAGUCAUUGCAAGAGAAGGCAAGUGCAGAUCAGUCUCAUACACUGUCACUUAUUGACGGUUAUAGUAUACAAGCAGGAACGCAUGAAAGAACACCACAAACACAGGUUACAACCGCACAGACACAGGAUACAACCGCACAGACACAGGAUACAACUUCACAAACACAGGAUACAACCGCACAGGCACAGGAUACAACCGCACAAACACAGGAUACAACCGCACAAACACAGGAUACAACCGCACAAACACAGGAUACAACCGCACAAACACAGGAUACAACCGCACAAACACAGGAUACAACCGCACAAACACAGGAUACAACCACACAGGCACAGGAUACAACCGCACAAACACAGGAUACAACCACACAGGCACAGGAUACAACUGCACAAAUACAGGAUACAACCGCACAAACACAGGAUACAACCGCACAAACACAGGAUACAACCGCACAAAUACAGGAUACAACCGCACAAACACAGGAUACAACCGCACAGGCACAGGAUACAACCGCACAAACACAGGAUACAACCACACAGGCACAGGAUACAACCGCACAGGCACAGGAUACAACCGCACAAACACAGGAUACAACCACACAGGCACAGGAUACAACCGCACAAACACAGGAUACAACCACACAAAUACAGGAUACAACGGCACAAGCACAGAAUACAACCGCACAAAUAGAGGAUACAGCAGCACAAGCACCGGAUACAGUGACACAAACACAGGAUACAACCACACUGACACAGGAUACAGCAGCACAAGUACAGGAUACAACCACACAGGCACAGGAUACAACCGCACAAACACAGGAUACAACCGCACAAACACAGGAUACAACCGCACAAAUACAGGAUACAACCGCACAAACACAGGAUACAACCGCACAAACACAGGAUACAACUGCACAAGCACAGGAUACAACUGCACAAACACAGGAUACAACCGCACAGGCACAGGAUACAACUGCACAAACACAGGAUACAACCGCACAGGAUACAAACACAGGAUACAACCGCACAAACACAGGAUACAACCGCACAAACACAGGAUACAACCGCACAAACACAGGAUACAACCGCACAAACACAGGAUACAACCGCACAAACACAGGAUACAACCGCACAAACACAGGAUACAACCACACAGGCACAGGAUACAACUGCACAAACACAGGAUACAACCGCACAGGCACAGGAUACAACUGCACAAACACAGGAUACAACCGCACAAACACAGGAUACAACCGCACAGGCAAAGGAUACAACUGCACAAACACAGGAUACAACCGCACAGGCACAGGAUACAACCGCACAAACACAGGAUACAACCGCACAAAUACAGGAUACAACUGCACAAAUACAGGAUACAACCACACAGGUACAGAAUACAGCAGCGCAAGCACAGAAAGCAGCAGCACAAACAGAGGAUACAGCAGGAGAAACAUACAAUACAACAAGAAGUACCUAUGAUAACCCUCAAGGAAAAAAUGCAUUUAAUAAACAUGAUACAGCAGCCAAAAUGCACAAUACAGCUACACGCAUACACAAUACAUCAGAAGUUACACACAAUAUAUCAGCAGGUAAACACAAUAUAGCAGCAGGUAAACACAAUACGAGAGAAGAAACUCACAACAGAGCAACAGAAACACACAGUGCAGUUACCGAAGUACACAAUACUGCAGACAAAACUGAAAAUAGAGCAGAUGUAUUUAUUGCAGCAGAUCACAAUAGUGCAGCAGAUAAAUACACAAGUAUUCUCACAAUAGAUCAACGGAAACACAUAAAAUCUGAGCUGGCAAAAAUAAAACAGCUGUUUAUUCAGGCAGAAAAGCAACUGAGUCCCAUAGAGCAGCUUCUUAGUCAGUAUCAUGAAGAUCUGAUCAUGAGGACAUAGAACAGGAGCAGAAACACACAAUACAGCAGCAUGCGAUCAUAUUUAAACAGCAAAGAGACACAAGCAGAAAAAAACACAUUAAAGGCACAAAAUUCUACAAAGCAUUAGUAAAGACACACGGUGCAGCAACAUGCCAUGCUCACAAUACUACCGCAGAAACACAAUACAACAAGAGAAACACACAACACAGUCAAAGAAACACACAAAAGAGUCACAGAAACACACGACACAGUCACAGAAACACACAAUAAAGCAGAACAAUAAACUAGUUGCAAACCUGCAUUACUCAUUAACAAACGCACAAUGCACGUGGUUGACACAUAACUCAUAUUCAUACUGAUGGGCAACACGUGAAAAGUGCUGCCCUGCACUAUGUACAUUUCAAAUGCUGCAGGUAGGAAUUCAAUUAUUCAGACAAUGAGGAAUCCUGCAUUUUAUGAAUCCUAUAUACUGCACCAUAUCACCUUGAUACCUAAUACUAUAAAGAAGCUAGAUGUGUGCAAGAAAUCAGUGUACAUGUCGCAUACACGUAAUACAGCAGCAUAAGUACACAAUGUAACAGCAUGCACACACAAUGUAACAGCAUGCACACACAAUGUAACAAUAUGCACACACAAUCCAGCAGCAUAAACACACAAUGUAACAACAUGCACACACAAUCCAGCAGCAUAAACACACAAUGUAACAACAUGCACACACAAUCCAGCAGCAUAAACACACAAUGUAACAACAUGCACACACAAUCCAGCAGCAUAAACACACAAUGUAACAACAUGCACACACAAUCCAGCAGCAUAAACACACAAUGUAACAACAUGCACACACAAUCCAGCAGCAUAAACACACAAUGUAACAACAUGCACACACAAUCCAGCAGCAUAAACACACAAUGUAACAACAUGCACACACAAUCCAGCAGCAUAAACACACAAUGUAACAACAUGCACACACAAUCCAGCAGCAUAAACACACAAUGUAACAACAUGCACACACAAUCCAGCAGCAUAAACACACAAUGUAACAACAUGCACACACAAUCCAGCAGCAUAAACACACAAUGUAACAGCAUGCACACAUAAUACAGCAGCAUAAACACACAAUGACAUGAUUUCAGUUCUCAGUAAUAAAUAGUAGAAAAAGUAAGGUCUGUAGAGUUUGUUUGUAGUGUAGGAAGGCAGCUUAAACAACCCAAACCCGAGUCUCUUCUUUCUAUUUGUGGAUGGUGUGGAAAAGGGACAGAGGGAAGCAGUGCCUUAACAGUAUCCUCAACUCCAAUCAGGAAAAUUCAAAAUGCAAAAGAGAGGCCAAAAAAUGAAAUAUGGUGCAGCAUUUUCCGAUGGUUGCUGAGAUAAAUAAAAGGAAAAGCACUUACAUUUUUUGGAGCUAGUAAUUAGCUCCAAAUACAUGCUCUCGUGCGUUAUAAUCCCCACCUAUCGAUCUGUCCUCUCUGUGUAUUGAUUUGUUCUGAUUGGAUUUUGAGGAUACUUUUAAGGAGCUACUUCCCUCAGUUCUCAAUAUAUUUGAUUAGAUCAGUAGGUGAAGGUAAUGGAAGAUAAUCUCUUACCAUUGGUGAGGAUUUAGCUCAUUGUUUGUUAUUAGGUUGUAGGACGAGAUAUUCAGAUAACCUGUUUUUUUUUUAUAUUGAUUAAUGUUGAAGAAAGAAAUAACAGUUUUCUGUUUCAAUGAAUCCCAUUACCCUGCUGUCCCCUGUAUUCUGGAAUAAUUAUUUAAUGAGACAUUGUUACAUGAUGAGAUUAAUAAAACUCCUGCACCUAUUGUCAUGUCAUAUAACAGUUCUUAAUUUUUGAUUAAAA